AUGUUUUCAACAUUUUUGCUGCUAAUUGGUAUCAUUUUUCUAAAUGGCUGCCAAAGUGAACAGGUUGCAACGUACACAGGGGCAGUAGUGGAAGUAAAUCCUGUGUCCCUUGGAUACACUAUCAAUGAGGUGGCUAAAUCCACAAAACAAGCCAUCGACAUCAUCGAAUCGAUUGAAUUGGAUGGAGUUGAUAUUGUAGUUUUUCCGGAAAUAAUUUUAAAUAACCAAAUCACUGCUGUGCUUCUACCGAAUACAAAUUUGUCCUAUUGCGAUGAUCCGACUGUUGAUGAGGUGCUUCGGAGUGUCUCAUGUGCCGUUCGAAAGGUUAAAAAAUAUGUGGUAAUCGGCUUGUAUGUCAAAGUGAAAUGUUCAAUGGACGAUCAGUCGUUUUGCGCAUACGAAUCCGAUUCCACGAACCUCUACAACAUGGCCAUUGUCUUUGACCGCAACGGCGAUGUGGUUGCGAAGUAUCGAAAAUAUCACUUGUUCGGUGAACAAGGAGUGCAACAGACCGAAACGCCCGAUAUGACAACAUUCAAAACCGAUUUCAAUGUAACAUUUGGCGUGUUCAUUUGCUUUGAUUUGUUGUUUGACAAACCAGCCAACAGUUUAGUCGAUCAAGGAGUCAAAAACUUUAUUUUUCCAACGAUGUGGUUCUCGAAACUUCCGUAUUCCACAGCUGCUCAGUACCAGCAAAGUUGGGCAUAUGCGAAUAAUGUAAAUUUAUUGGCAGCAAAUGCCAAUCAACCCAGCCUGGGGUUUUCGGGCAGUGGAAUUUACGGUGGACGAUCGGGUGCAUUGCAAGUGAUUGUCAACCAGACGCCGGCAACUAAAAUUCUUAGAGCGAAAAUUCCCGUUGAUCCAUUGCCAACUGAACACUUUCAAUCAAAAAGCGAUAAAGCAACCGAAGUCGCGAUAAAGCAACCGAAUGAAUGGAGUUUUCGACCUGACAAAUCUCGAUUUGAAAUGAAACUUCAUCAAGAUAACCUAACUGAAUAUACUGUGAAAUUUUUGGACUUCUCCAAAAAUCUUAAACAAAGCGGAAAAGUGUGCAACAAAGCCUUUUGCUGUGAUUACAAUAUCGAAGUCAGCGACAAUGGCGGAUUGGAGGGAAAGUCAUCAUAUUCCUAUGCGAUAUCGGUGUUUAGUGGACAUCGUCACUACAAAUACAUCAAAAACGUGGUCACUGGCGAAGAAGUGUGCAGUUUGAUCGCUUGUCCUGAGAUGAACAUGAAGAAUUUGUGUGGAACUCGGAUAUCACCAUCGAAAGUGCACAAUCGAUACGACUUCACGAAAAUGUCACUGAAAACGGUGCUGCCUGUCACUCGUAUGAAAGUUAUGCCGAACACAUUGAGCGCCAAUUUGCUGUCGCUCAAUUCAAAUGAAUUCGAUUUCAAAAUAUCCAAUUUAAAACGCCAUCGUGUUAUGGUCGAGCUGAAUUUGAAUGUGCCAAAGUCAGAUUUGCUAACAUUUGCCAUUUUCUCACGAGACUUCGACAAGGACAUUAUCACAAAAAAAGUAGAUCUAGAAAGGAUGUCAUCAUGAUUACAAUAAGCCUUUUUUCAAGCAUUGAUGUCAAUAUUUUGCAAAUUGAAACAUUUGAAAUAAAUUCGA